GCCCAUGGUUGAAAAAAACACCAAAAUGGAGAGGGGCGACUCGCGCGAAUAUCUCGCUGUUAUCUUAACGAUUUUCCGUCCUUCCCGGACCGAUAGAAAGUGCCUCAAAUUCUCUUUUCAGGACCGCGAAUUAACAAGAAAAUGCCUCACUUUUUGGCCUGGAAUAAAACGAAUUCUGUUUUCAAAGUCUCGAGCAAGGUGUCAUUCAAUACGGUUUGGUGCACCAAAAAAGGCCUCUUAUAGGGUGUGCGAUUUUCUCAUUCGCUCAUCACCGAGUGGUCGGCAGUUCAACGCAAGCCACAAUGGCGAUUGCGUAGGGAUCUUUCAAGGAAACAGACUUCUCUGUUCGUUUUUCACCGUUUGCUGAACGAAGGACAACUCUAUUCGUCUUUAUGGAGGAAAUACAAACUAAACCCAGCGCUUUGAAGUUUGAAACGAGUAGUUUCAACGAAAGUACGGGCAAGCAUUGUUUGUAUAAACUAGUCGUACGGAAAAUUGUAUGCAUAUUUUAGCGUUCCUUCCACGUCUGAAUCUGUUCGACAGAAAACUUUUGCUCCUUGUUGAAGGAGACUGAAAUGAGAUUUUCCCUUCGGUUUGGAAGUUUAGGGAAUGGCGGAGGAAUCAAGUAAAUUUCCCCUAUUGGGAUAUUGAAAAUUCAUGAAAUUUGUGAAUUAAUAUUCGAUAUUCUCUUGUCGUUUCUAAUUCUCGGAAAUUUAUUCCUUUCACAGUAGAUGUUAGUGCCAUCAGAGAGCACGGAAAAACUGCAAAUGUCAUGUUUGAAGGAAAAAACAUUCACUCUUCACCGUUGGAUGGGAAACUGCUUUGUAGUUACAGCGAGAAACUUUGUAAGCAACGGAGGCUCAAUGGCUACGCUUUCUGUAUUCGUCAUGUGUUGGAGGACAAAAAUGCCCCGUUUAAACAGUGCCGAUUUGUGGCAAAAUACAACGGACAUCAAUGUACGAAUCCUAUACCAUUUGCCGAGGAAAGAAUGUAAGAGUUUGUUGUGAUAUUUAAGCUUAUUUCUCUUUCUCUUCUUUGAGUUUCAAUUUUUGCUUGAACGCUUUCGCGCUUUCUUUGAUGUAAACGGAGAUAGAACUAAUCUUCCCACGAUAAAGCGACCGUUAUUUACCGCUUUAAAUCGUCAUGUAAACGUUCUUUUACCUUUUCAGAUACUGUAACAGCCAUCUUCAAGUCCUUGGAAUUGUUCCUAAAAAGAAUCGACGAAAAAAACCCGGCGAAGGUGGUGAAGGCGAAGUGAAUUCAUCUCCGUCGACCUCUGAAUCGAAAUUACGGACAGAUGUUUUAGCGACUUCUGGUUCAACAAACAUGUCUUCGCUUCCUCCCCAAAUCUUUCCUCUGCGUGCAAAGAAAGCUAAAAUUCAACCACAACGGAAAAGGUAUGCGAAUAUCCCUGCUGUAGAGGAGUUGAGGCAGAGUAGAAAGAAAUGGCGCAAGGAUAAAGCAGAUUUAUUCAAGAUUUACGGUAAGAAUUUUCAUGUAUUUUCUUAGUUUAACUAGCGAAUGAAGCUUUAACUUGAUUGCGUGUUGUCCGCGAAUACUUUUGUGUAACUCGAUUAGUUUAGAGCACGAAAUAAAUCUAUCAUGUAAGCUUACAUUAACAUUGGACUUCUCAAGCCUUCGUUUAAAAACUUGAAACAUCAGGUUUUUCCGUGUCCUUGCCAGAUAUAUUUGUUCUAGCAUGCAACAGCUUUGUUAGACUAUUCAUAAAUUUGAAGUCACAUUACAAACGAAAAAUAUUUUAUUUCAGUCGGUAAAUGAAAUGAACACUGGAUGUUGGUUUCUCAUUUUGUGUUUCGACCGUAGAUGUUAUGGGUAGAAAAACAUCCACCAGUUUAAAAGCCACGUUUCUAGAUUUUUAGUUGAUUUUUGUAGGGUGGCAAGAUUUAGCUUUGUUCUCUUUCUUGGCACAAGGUUUAUUUAUGAAAAUUCAUGUGAUAGUCAUAGGUAUAAUCAUAUGAGUUUUCAGCUUGGCAGUUUUCAGUUUAGUUGAACUUUAAAAAUAAGCUUAACUGUGCAUACUAUCGUAUGUUUUUUUACUUUGUUUUAUAAGAUGAGACUUGAAAGAAAUUUCUUAAAUAAUUUUUCCUUGAAAUCAGCCGUAAGUUUUAAUAAAAUUAUAUGCUUUUCAAAUCCAUAUAUUAUAUAUGCUCAAAAUUUACAUACUAGCUAAAAAGUUCCCUAAAAUACCUAUGUGCAUGUUUUGUUGUCACAGCUUUUUUACAUACAUUUUGUUGUUUUAUGUUUGUUGCUCACAAUGUGCAGAAUGCUUUCAGUCAUGUUCAGAUAAAAUAGUUUGCAAGAAACUAUGUUACCUAGAGUCAAAAAUUUUAACCAUGUUGGGACCUUCCCUGUGUGCCAGAAGUUUAUUUUUCUUACCUACUGAAUUUCCUCGAAAUAACAGCCAUCCCUUGAUUAACCACUUCCCUUGAAUAAUCGUUCCCCCCUUAGACUGAAAUACCGUAACAUUCCGAAAAUAAGCCCCUCCAAAUAUAAGCCCCCCCAAACCGGCAACACUAAAAACCCUUCGUUAAAUUGCCCCUCCAAAUAUAAGCCCCCCAGGGGCUUGUACUUGGAAAAUUGCCCUCAAAUACAACGUAAAACAAAGCAAAAACGGUAAAUUUACUUCCAAUUAUAAGGCUAGCCCUAUAGAGUUUGAAACGCAAAUUUCCCUCCGUAGAUAAGCCCUUCCCAAUAUAAGCCCGUCCAAAAAUAAGCCCCUCAAAAAGGGCCUUUGAAAAAUAUAAGGCCCGGGGCUUAUUUUCGGAAUUUUAUGGUUUUUGAUAUAAUUACCUUCCUCGAUAAAUUACCCUCCCCCCCAACCCUCUUGCCAUCUCUUUCCUCUAUGCCCUCUCUGUCAAGUUGAAGUGGAGCUUGAUUCAAGCUCUGACGCUGAGGAUGUUACUUGAAGGCAAAACAUACUGUAAGAAGGCAUCUCACAAAAAGCAGACAAUGGGAGUUCAGUUCCUGAGUGCUUAGGAGCGUCUUCUGGGCUAUGCCUUUUAGCAUAAUGCCUUUUUAUGUCUUGUCUUUCUGUUGUUUGCUUUUUGUGUGAUACCUCGAAGUGUUACGCCUUUUUGUGAGAUACCUCCAAGUGCUACACCUUUUUGUGAGAUACCUCUAAGUGUUACACCUUUUUGUGUGAUACCUUUUUGAACUUGUGGAUUGUGCGUAGCAUAAGGAACAAGUUAUUGUGGGCACUGCAAUAUGCAAAUGUAUCACUCAGAUGUAGACACAGGGUUUGCACAAUCUUGAAAAGUCCUUGAAUUUUAGGGGAAGUCCUUGAAAAGUCCUUGAAUUCCAUGUUUCCUUGAAAAGUCCUUAAAUUUCUGUGCAAGUCCUUGAAAAGUCGUUGAAUUUUCUUCAACUCUGAAUGAAGUGGCCUGAAAAGAAUGUUUUGAUGCUUUUUGGUAGUCCAAGAGAGAAUAUAAAUCAUAGCUCAGAGAAUUUAAAGGUUAUUUACAUAAAGUAGUCCAUGUUUUAUGCAAUAAUUAACUAUCAGUGUAAGACAAGUGGACUGAAAAAUGUAGAGAAGUUGGCAAAGCAAACAGUUCAAGCCUUUAAGUCUUAUUAGAACAGACUGGGAAUGUGCAUUUUUGUGCAGUCUAUGGAUUUAUAUUCCUGGUAGGUGGUCCUUGAAAAUCUAAUGUGGUCCUUGAAAAAUGGUUGCAGUUUUUUGUAUGAACCAUGGUAGACACCUGUCGUAAAUGAGUUGGCUCUGCAUGAAAGCACCCGAUAUCAAAACAACAACUGCCAUAGAUCGUUCCCAUUCCGUGAUGUGCUGAUUUUGUGCAUUUCACAGGAGUCACAUGUGUGUCUUCAUGUGGACUGUGAAAGUUUUACGUUAGCAUUAUGGCCAACUUUGAGAAAAAAGUUUAUGAACUUUUGAAGUGUUUUGACUUGUCCAGGUGAUAAACAUGACAAAAAGAUUAGCAAUUGCUCUUCAACUCCCAAGCUGGUCCAAGCUCACGAUUCUGCAGUGAGUCUCAUGAUUUUUUAACUUCUCUCACGACAAGACUCCCAAUCUCAUGGUUUUUAGUGAAAUAUCAUUCUGAAGUUAAAUGUUUCUUUGUUCAAUAAAAAUGGAAAUGUUUUUUGUUGUUGAUAUAAUUGAUUCUCCUCAUGGAAACGCUGAGAAUUAUUAGCAAGCUGCAAGAGACUUUGUGACGGUUUUGUGAGAUACUUGUCGGCCAUAUCUUCUUCAAAUGCGAUGAAAUGAGUUAAAGUACAGCUUUUACUGUCAAAACCAUGCUUGUUUUCCUCAAAUAUAUAUCUUUCAAUUCUUGAUAAAUAAAGCUCUACUGGCUUCAAACAACAUUGACCAGCAGAAUUUCAAGGGCAAAAGUGUUAAAGAUGAUUAAUUUAAUAGAAGUCUUCAAUAUUAGUUGUCGUGGCGCAAUAGAUAACGCAUCCAUGUGGAAGGUCUAAGGUUCGACUCUGGUCAUUUGAAAUUUUUUUCUUUUUUUUUCGUCCUUUAGUUGUUUUUGUAAAACAUAUUUUCACUUUUUGACAGACUUACAAUGUGACGACCUCAACCGGGGCCACCUAAGAACUUUCAGCCAAUCGGAGAACACUCCUUUAACAAAGAAUUGGGCGUGCAGACCUCACCGAGAACUGUCCUAUUAUUCAAUUGGUUAGUUUCGAUAUUUUUCGCUGUUUAGAAUGGCUUACUUAUACUGUGAGCCAAUCAGAUACCAAAGAAUCUUGUUUUCUCUUUUCUCAUGAUCAAAUUUAAAUUUUUACUCGUAAACGCGGGUUGCCUUUUUGAAAGUGAAAGAUGAAAUCAUUGCUGAGAAUUGCGGUCUUAACGAUAACGGUAGAAAUUUGGCACACUUUGUCCACGAAAGGGUGCUAGCUCCAUAAUAGGGAACUCAAGAACCACGACGACAACUUUGUCGACGACGACCGGAAGUGAGAUACCGUGCACUGCACAAGCGCGGUUAACAAAUUUCGUCGUCGUGGUGUCGUCGACGACGCCAAACACAGUAGAGUCACGUCGUCCUGCAGUCCACAAGCUUCGACAGGUAUAACUCCCUGUUCAAGGGCUUUGUAUUUUUUCACCUCGGAAAUCCAGGUAUCCUUUCUUUUUUCUGCUAACAAGCGAUGUUGAUUGAAAAUUUGACUGAUGAAUUGUGUUUACUUCGAAGACAACACUGAGCUGUGCAGGCCAAGCGAGCGUACUCGUAAGUGACAAAUUUAUUUGUACGUAUUUAGGUCAGGCAAAUCAUAUAUCUUUAAUAUAGAGGAAAUGAACUUUAUAUGGAAAACAGCUAUCGCAUCGGGAUGUCUCUUUUUCCAAAUCUAAACUCUGACAGACAAUCGGACUCGGUCAUGUCAUUCAGGUUGAAAGUUGAAUAACCUUCGUACGGAAAGCAGAGAUUUUUCCAUUCGAAAAGGUCAGACAACACUAGAAAUUCUUCACCGUCAAUGAAAGUAGACGUACGGCUUAUAAAAUAAGAUCUUGCAUCGUCUUAAAAAGACGCCUUUGCGAAAAAACUUUGUUGCGAGCGAACAUCACAGUUGUACUACUUCUACAUGUUUGUUUACAUUCGGUGUCGUCGUCGUCGACCUACUGAUCGACUGCAUCUUAAGUUUCCUUUUUCCCGCCGAAACUGACAUUCUCGUUCCAGUUCUUUCCCAGUCAACAGACGUCGUCGUCGUGAACUUCGUCGUGGUUCUUAAGUUCCCUAAUAUUGGGCAAUCCGCAACAGGCAAUUGUUCAAGAACUUGGAACCGAAGGAAAGUUAAAGAAAUACAGAGAGCAAAUGAAAUGUCAUGCAACACGGCCCUCAGCAUGCUUUCCCAUCCCGCGAUCAAGCAGCUUGCUCAUUUUUUGUUUCUCCUUUUUUUAAAAGAUUUCUUCGGGAAUGCAAGAAAAAACGCUUUUUGUAGCUAGCGAGAAGUUUAGGAAUAAUUAUAAGAGCUAUGUUUUAAUUAUGUGAUUGGUUUAGAAGGUUUGAAUUCCCGUUUGGCUGAAGAGGGAAACUGGGAUUACUCCAUGUCUUCUUUAUAAAAACAGCACCCAGCCGUACCCUGCACGAAUGUUGAUAUUUUUUCUCGUUGAACGCAAGUGUUUCUGUUUCCUUUUUUUACAAAUGAAUUUUCUGGACCCAGAUCUAGAAUGAUGACUUCUAGUUGUAGGAAUAAGAAAAUACCAUUCUGCUUUAAAGAAAACAGUGUGAUAUUUUCAAACAACGUUAACCAGACUGCUUUUUUCCCCAUAGAGACAAUGCACUUUUUUACCCCUUACCAAGCAAUGGGUGAUUCCAGAAAAUAUCCAUACCCUACCACAGGUGGCAUGAGUAUUUUAACCCCCCCUUGCCCUCGGAAAUUCCAAAAUGCUUAUCCCCCCCUUGCCCUCCGAAUUCCAAAAUCGCUAACCCUCCCUCUCCUCCGGAAUUUUCCACUUUUGUUUCAGACCCUUUGGAAUUCCUGUUCGUCUGCCUAAAUCUUCAAACGAACGAGAAACUUGCACUUUUUCCCUCUGCAAAAGAAUUCUGUUCACAAUUUUUAGUCGGACGAUCAAUCAGGACCGAACUGCAUUUUUCCCCUAAAUACUGGUUUUAGUUUUGAUCAGCAAAUGUUUUUAGGUUUAUGCAAAUAUUUUUGUCACGCUACACAUAACAUGCAUGUACAAAUAAUUUAAUCAUGUAAAAUGUAUGAUGGAAAUAAAAAAAAAAGAAUGAAAAGUAACUAUUAUAAUUUUUUGAGGUAAACCUCUCCCCGACUCUUCCAGUUCUAUUGGCAAAUAUACGUCCGUUUAAGGAUAUCAGCUCCUGGAAUAAAUAGUUAUUUCGAGGAAAAAUAACUAUUUAGAACUGAAUGAUCAAAACACUUGCGCAUAAACAGUUUUGAAUUAAACAGCGCGUCAAAAGGCAUGCUGUCGGAUUUUACUACCUACAUGUUGGUGUGAAAAUCGGCGUGAAAUACAAAAUCUGUCAGGCGUUCUAUUUGGAAACGAGAGACUGGUGCGAGUUUUCAGCACGCAACAACACAUCGUCGAUCGACAAUCGGCGAGAAACACCGACUUGGUUAUAUUUUUAUUAAUCAGUUGACUAAUUCAUCAACUUUAAGGCCUCUUCGAUGUGGAGCUUGCUGCACAACCCAUCUUCUUACCCAUCUGCAUGAACGCAUACUUCUUCCGUGGUCGGUUCGUGCUUCAUUUACAAACUGGGAAUGUUAACAGGUCAGCGAUUUCAAGCGGAGCUUUCGCCGUCUUUCCUCUGGAAAUUCACUGAAUUCAGAGCUGAAACACCCCUCCAUGCCUUUGGAAUUCCAAACUGCGUUACCCCCCCACGUCUUCGGAAUUCCAGUCGAAGAAACCCCCCCUCUCCCUCGGAAUUCCAAGAUGCCGCCCGUGGCGUGGUAUGGAUAUUUUCUGGAAUCACCCAAUACAUAUAGCCAGCCCUUCAAUAUAUAAGCAGCUUGUAUAUUUUAGAAAAAUCAGCCACACAACCAAGAUGGGCAAGUGAAUGCGACACACCUUUCUAAAUAGCGAAAUCAUUAUGGAUCAAAACUAACCAAUCGAAAAGUAAGAUAGUUUCUGUUGAGGUCUGCACGCCCAAUUCUUUGUUAAAGGAGUGGUUUCUGAUUGGCUGAAAGUCCUUAGGUAGCCGCGGUUGAAGUUGUCACACUUUAAUUAAAUAUACCGGUAGAUUAAUUGGAUGUUCGUUAUCAGCUUUGAUUUCUAAAAUAGAGUAGUUAGCCUUAGGCGCCCUUUGAUUAUGUUUUUGCCUUCAAGCAAUUUGCCUUUUAGCAUGAUGACCUUUUUGCAUUAAGCCUUUUUACAUCAUGUGUUAUUGCAUAAUGCCUAUAUUUUAGAUUUGACUUAUCCCUUUUCACUUUUAGGUUAUUGAAUUUUGUUAUAGAUAUACCUUCAUACAUGGGUCACAUUCUAUUGAUCAUGUCUGACUAUCAUUUAAGAUGCAAGCUGGCAUGUUUCAUUUUGUGAUUUGUCUUUUCUCAACUUGGCAAGAUCAACUUCUUAUACUUCUGAAACCCACCCUAUAUCUAGCCCUUGAAAAUAGCUCUUUUAUCUGCUUCUUUAUCCCCUAACUGAAAGAAAAUUUGUGUAGUGUGCAAAGAACUGGAAAAGGUGAAGUUAAUAUACAUUCAUGUCAAGAAGAAAGUUUGUAAACAACUUAGAUUUUUUGCUUAAUUUUAGAUAUUAACAGUUCUGAGGGUGAGAGUUCAAGUGAAGGUGAUGAAAUGCCAUGGCAACAGAUAUGGCUGUCAUCUGAUAGUGAUAUUGAUUAUGAUGCACUAAGGAGGGAAAAUAACUGGUGAGUAUUUUUUUGUAGUGGAUUCAGCAAGGUGGGCCCUUCAUGUAUUGAUCAAAAUUAAUAAAUUACAUUAAUUAGGAAAUUUAAUAUUUGUAUUAAAUUCUCACAUAUUCUAUGUAACAUGUUUGUCCUAAUUGUGCACAAAGGACUUUGCUGUUUGGUUAUAUGUCAGUUAAAAUGAUAAAUAUAUGAAAAUCAUACAUGUAUGUAGGAACUGAGGGGUGAAGAAUUAAAUGAAAGAAAACCAUAGCAGUGAAUAGAUGUAACUUUUGUAGUUCAAAAGUAAAGCCUUUGUACGGGAUUUGAACCCUUGACCUCUGUGAUACUGGUGCAGUGCUCUACCAACUGAGCUAACAAUCCGACAGGAUGUAGGUCUGAGUUGGUUUGUUAUACAUGUAAGCCCUUGGAUGGAUGACAAUGAAAUAAUGAAAACAUAAAAAUUAUAUUUAUUAUACGUAAACAACAAUGAAAUACCAGGUGAGCUUAUUGUGUGAAAACAUGAUACCUUCACACAUGGAAAUAACUUGUUAUCUUCACAUGCGGAAAGAUCAUCAUUGCUAUGGCUACAUGAUCAAUAAUUUUGUGCCUUUCACAGCAAAAAAUAUUAAAGUGAAAUGGUUUGGUAUUUAAUUGGCAUUUAUUACAUAAAAUUAAUAGAACAAUACAUUACAUGGCUGCUUGGAGAGACAAAAUUUUUCUUCUCGUGUUUCAACGCUUGAAGAGAAACUUUGUCUGCACAGCCAUGUAAUAUCCUCUAAAAAUUAUUAGCAUGUCAGUUAUUAGCAAAAUUUGUAGAUGACAUAUCAAUGUUGAAAAAUCUUUAAAAUCUUGCUAAUUUAUUUCAGUCUUGAGGUUGAUAUCAGAACUGCUAAGAUUUCCAGACUAAGCACACAGUUACGGCGGCAGCUUCACCAGCUCAGGAGAACACUACGGACACAUCAUUAUCAUCACAAGGAUCUUGUGGCAUCUGGAAGUGUUCUAGUUAAGGCUGUUUCCCGUAAUAGCUCAGCAUGUGUGGAUUCCUUAUUUGAGAAUAGCAAAAAAUCCAGGAAAACUAGGUGAGACUUGUCUUGCCAUCCGGCGAUUUAUUAUUAAUAAUAAUAAUAAUAAUAAUAAUAAUAAUAAUAUAAUUCAUUUAUAUAGCGCUAUUAAUACUAGUUAUUAAUAGCACUUUACAAUUUUAAACCUUAUACUAACUAUAAAAUAGUUUUUACAAUUUCAUCCUAUUAUACUAAAUUCUACAAUUAUAUAUAAUUAAAAAAUAAUUACUGAUUACAUCUUACACACUACAAAAAAAUAGGAAACAAAAGAAAAUACAUAAUAGUAUGCAAAAUAAUAAAGCAAAUGCCCAUCUAAAGAUAGACCAUUUUAAAAAGCAUUGUGUUCAGUCUUUAUUUAAAUGAUUUCUUUUUGUGGACAGAAAGGCUGUGCUUUAGCAGUAGCUGGUGUCCCCUGGGACCUAACUGUUGCCCCUGGGCUACUAGAAAAUCUUAGUUUUCAUAGAACUCAUACUCUGGGCUCUGUGGAUUUCACAGGUUCAGAGCACUGGAUCCAUUCAACUUUUCAUAGAGUACAGCCUUGACGGUGCUUGUAUAACGGAAAUUUGUCUUUAUCCCUUUCACACCUAUUUGUAGCAAAAGUCUCUUCCAAAUUUCAUUUUGUAAAAUGCUUAAAAGCAAACAGCAGGAAGUAAAGACUCUGCUGCCAAAGAUAUUUCAUUUGGAUGGUCAUAUCAUAGGAUUCAUCCACUGAUUCAAAUGGUAGAACCACAAUACAAAAUUCCAUCAUUCAUAACUAAGCGAUGUGUCAUGCUAAUUGGUUAAGAGCGGAAAGUGAUGUGGUGGUGGCACAAAUGUUUUCUUCUUUCUUGCGCAUGUAAGAAGCUUCAAUGGAAGUGGGCAUUAAGAACAAACAGUAAGCUCACCUGCCCAUGUCAUUUUGUGGCAACAAAACUCUGAUAUAUUUUUUUCCUUUUUUGUCCACAGACCCAGACCAACAAGAUGCUUGUCAAAAAGUUGUGCCUUUUCACAAGAUGAUGUCCAGUGCAAUAACAAAGCUUUUCCAUAUACCAAGUUCUGCAAGGAUCGUAUCUUUUUAUGAAAAUUAACAGUCAGAGUCAAAGAGUACUCUACUAUACUUUGUUGCAUCUCUGUUUGGAUUGUUGUGGAGGUUAGUUUCCAUUACUAGUCAUCAGACUGUAUGUAUGCAAAUUGUUAACUACUGUCUGGUGAAAAAAACUUUUUGAGGAGGCCAAAUGGUGCUUUCUCUUUUCCUUUUUGAACAAGGAACAAAAUACUUCUGAUCUUGGCCCUUGUGAUUCUAAGUAUGACUUCCUCUCAUUCAAGUGGCUAAAAUGUUCUUCAGUCCAUACUACCGUAAGAGUCCAUUUCAUUGUUAGCAUUAGGUGUAAAGCCUAGAGGUGGCAGGGGGUUGGGUAGUUUUGGUAGGGUUGUGCUACCAAGUCCCAUAACCCCUUACUUUUUAAGAUAAAAUCUGUUUGUUUUGCAUCCCUUUUUAAAACAAGCUAGACCUUUUUUGUGACCCUGAUUCAUUUCAUUUCAUUUACAGAAUCAGGAACCCAUUUCCUGAUGGAAAAAAGUAUUUUUUUAUCAGAGAAAGAUUUUUUAAAAAACUGUUGGUAGAACACAUUUAAACCAUGCACUGCUGGGAUUCAUAUCCUGUCCAAGGCUUCCACAAGAGCCCAAAAACUAUGCUUUGUCAGGCAGCCCAUACCUGUUUAGGCCAAAUAAGGAAGUGCUUAAUAAGGUCUACAGUCAACUCCCUGUAAGGUAGACACCAUUGAGUCUGACUCCAGCAUGGGACAAAAAAAUGGAUUUGCACAAAUCUGCUCCUUGCAAAUAUGACGCAAAUAUAUGAAUACUGAGGAGUAAAUUUAUGGCAAACAUGGUAAAUACGGUAAUCACAUUUGCCAUGUCAUUUUUAACCCCCUGUUUUGUGGUACACAAAUGUGGCAUGUACCAUCUUUACCAUAUAUUUACUCCUCAGUAUUUACAUAUUUGCAAGGAACAAAUUUUUGCAAAUCCAUUUUUUCAUCCAGUGAUAGAUGUCUGACUUAAGGUGAUUUCCAUUUGUCAGAACUGGCUGGCCGGACCAUUGCUGGACCAGUCAUUUAGCAAGUGAAAUAUGCCUUUUCCAAAGGGUUUUUGGUAAAACACGAUCACCUUCUUGAGUGCUAUUUAGGAUUUGACUGAUCUGGCUGAAUAGUUUUGAUUAAAAGUGAAAUUCUCAUUAUGACUGGAAAGGUCUGGCCAGUCAAUUCUGACAAGUGGAAAGCACCCGUAGAGAGGUGUCUGUCUUAAAGAGAGUCAAAGAAAAGAAUUACAGUGGAAGUAUAUGUAGCUCCAGGUGUCCAUUUCAGCGAGGCAGGAGUGUCCGUUAUGAUGUUAUGCCGAUUAUCAAUCAUAAUCAAUCAUUGACCAAAAUCUUUAAGUGGUGCUAUAAUUGAUUGUGGGAAAAUGUUAAGUGGAUUAUUGCAGGAUCAGAAAUUUUUUUUGGCUAAUAUGCAAAAAAUGAAGAAAAAAGAGAAUUUGAUCACCUGAAAGCACAGAAAUUCUGAGCUGAGUGGUGCACAGUAAAAAGACUUAAAAUGUUUGUAUAACAUGUACUCAGACUUGCACAAAGGUGAAAAAUAAAUGGAAUUCUUAUAAAGAGAUUUAUCUAUGACGAUCCAUCAGGUUGGUCUCUCCGGUUAUAUCUGAUGCUUGAUUAUAAAAUCUCAACUGAUUUCCAGUAUGAGGUCGACAGUAGAUACAUGUACAUUGUAUGAAAAUCUUAGUAGUAAUGGAUGACUCUCACUCUUUGUGUGGUCUUGUAUAUUUACUUAUACCACUAUUUGCUUGUAUUUCCUAAUGUUAAGGUAGAAUAUGAGUUGUAUGUUAACUUAAUGAAAAUAAACAGACAUAAUGAAUGAUGCGAAGCAAGUCUUGUAUGCCCAGUGCACUGCAAAGUGGCCUGGUGGACUCCAGUGCUCAGUACCUGUGUUUGAUGUCAUCCAUGAACGACCUCUCUGUGAUGAACAUGCAAGGAAAAAGGUGCAGUGCAUAAUAUCAAAUACAGAUUUCUUUUCAUGCAUCCUCGUUCUGUGAGGGGAAUUUUGUUACACUACUUGUGGGCACAAAUUGCUGCGGUUUACAAUCGAUAAGAGAACAAGUCAUAUAUGAAGAUGACCCCUGCUUGCCACUGAGCAAGGCCAAACCAUAGAUUGUUUUGUGUGUGUGUUUUGUUAACAUGCCUUAAGGUAAGAAAGGUUAAAACGUUGCCAGAAACGAGUGUUUUAAGAAAGUGAUGUCUGAUAACUAGUGGAUUUUGCUUUCAGGCUAGUGAAUUCUGCCUGAUAGCCUGCGUGGCAGGAGUUUGAAAGGGAAGGGAUUUGGGGUGCGUGAGAAUUGCGUCCCAAGAGUCUCCCUUGUGCAUGGACUCGCACCAAAAUACCUUCCCCUUCCCUUUUGAACACCUGCCACGUAUGCUACUUGCCUGGUAAGCAAGUGACCUUUUUUGGGGAAUUCUAGCCAACUCAUAUCUAACAUGCAUUCGUGGAAUAAUUGUUAAAUACACCUUGUUUGCCCUCUGAAAUGUUUCAUAACCUUUGUUUUUAAUUUCUCCUUGGUAUUACAGUUGUCCAGAGAGGAAUUGAAAGCAAUGCUUGUGCAAAAUUUGGGGGGGCAAACAAGGUGAACUAUGUCCAAAUGAGAAAUGUAAUAGAAUUUGUAUUUAUUAUUAUUUUUAUGUAAACAUUUUAAUACUUUACAGGCCAAAUUUCAAGAGGCACAAGAACAAGCACAGGCAGCUGCUGCAGCCGCAAAAUCAUCUCCAGGGGUCAUAAAACCACCCCCUAAGAAACCUCGCCGUAAACCCCAGCCAAAGGCCCCAUUACUUCAAAAGGUGGCAAAACAAGCUAAAAGGGUAGCCAGCAGAAAAGCUGCAGCACCGAGGACAAACAAGGCUCAAGUAGCAAAGGCUCAGCCGAACAAUUCUCAAAGACCUGUUGGUUUAGACAGUACAUUUAGUCCGGACAAUUCAUCUGAUAUCUUAUCUCCAGAUGUUAGUCUUUCAUUAUCAUCGGACUAUUCACAGGGCAGUGCCUCGUCGCCCUUGUCCCCGGUACUUGAAGACUAUCAGCAGUAUGGCUCUUCAGUGUUUGGGACACAGCAGAGGGACAAUAUGCUACUUGGGGAUCUUGACAAUGUGGAGAGUCUGGACAGGGACUUCCCUGUUGUUUCUAAUGGCAGUUCUUUGAAGGGGCUUUAUUCUCCAAAAAACAAAGGUAGCAUUGGGCAUUCUAUUCCUGCCUCUGUGAUAACCCACACUCCAGGCCUUGUAAACAGCAGUUUAAUACUCGGUGAUCAGAAUGACACUAGGACAAAAUCUUCACCGCUUAAUAGCAAGAGCAAAAACCCUAAACCCAGGGAAACUAAGAAGCUGCAGAAUAUUGGUGGUACGUCGUUGCACUCUGUGACAGGAGUUCUGUCACCUCAUAUUCACCACAAUAAUAUCAAGGAAGAGAACAAGAAAAUUAAACAACUUGCUCUUAACAAAGAUCCCAUGUUUUCUCCACCACACGGACUUCUUGGAAGCAACGAGCUGAAGAAACACAGCAAUGGAGUGACCUCUGGUCAUCUUCACUCUCCGCCGAUGACAAUGGAUGCCAUGUUAUCUCCUACACCGAGAACCUGGUCUGCGAUUGUAACAAACACUUCGCCUGCUGCAUCUUCAUUCUCAUCACCCCUAAAUUCAACACAAACUGGAUUAUCAAGAUUAGCAUCACCACCCUUCUCCCCAACUUCAAUAUCCCCUCAUAUCUCACCCCACACGACUCUAGGCAAUGUGUUCACAUUUGACAGAACCUCGCACUUUCAGCAGUCACACAUCACAUCGCCAACACUGAGCCCCGCGAGUCCAUCAUUCCUUCAAGGUCAAAUAAAGCAUCCGGGACCAACGUAUCCGCGUCACAGUGACCUUGACAACUCUGAUGAUCCCUUUCUUUCCCCAUUUGACAGGGAUCAGUCUUUAUUUGGAGGACCUUUCAAUCAAAAUCACGACUCCUCCUUGGGUGACCUUCGUCUAAGAUAAAGAGGGUACAAGGAGACGGUGACCGGUCGUUUCGCCAACGAGAAGAUGUUAUUAUAACACAUUGGCGAGACGACCUAACACGUUAGCGAAACGGUUUAAGACGUUGGCGAACAGGACGUAGGCGCAACGACUCGUUGGCGAAACGACCGUAAACCAAGGAGACAAAGAAGAAGCUAUAUCAAAGUUAGUUUACAGUGCAUUUUACUAAAGAGAGGGAAUAACUACCUUACGGGCAGUGCAGUUUAACCUUGGCCAACAAACGUAUGUGAUGUUUUAUGUAUUUGUUUUCUCCAUGCGGAGGAUAAACCUGGCACUUAUUCCACUCAAUGAUCAAUGAACAGAGUAUUGUCUAUACUAUGUAAAAAAGACACGAUUGUAAAUAUUUCGCUCGUACUUUCCUGAUGAAACUUAUGCAGACAUUUAAAUGGUAAACAAACAUGAUUUUGGGGCCUUUUACUGCGUUAAAGCAACAUUUGCUAUAAACAGGAAUAUUUUGAAACUAGUUUUGAGCUGUGUAGCUGCAAGUCAUGGGAAUCAUUCAACUGUGGUAAGAUGUUAACAUUCACUCUGUGCUACAACUUCCAUUUGCUAGAAUUUAGUAUAAUUAGAAAUCGCACACUACUGAACUGUAUCUCAGGAUUUUUAUCAUAGUUACAGACGCACGUUUGGUUUCUGUUAAGUGUUGGUUAUACAUACAGCUCUGAAAAGGACAGCAUUUUCCUCUUAAAAUUUCUCUUUUCUCUAAUGCUCAAAUGCUCGUUAUACAAUUAUGAAAUAAGUGUUUAGAAAGAACUGGAAAGCUUGUGUGAACUCGGGAAAUGUUUUCUAGUCGGACCAUGGAAAAGCGAAACAGAAAUUCUUAGACUGUAGUUGCUUAUGUCAGGGCUGUGUAUUCGAGAUAACUGGUAGCUUAAGUCGGGCUCGAAGGACCAGAUAUCGUGGAAUGUUAGCGACACACUCGAACGCUGGUUCCUUUAAGAGGACCAUUUGUCUGGUUUGCGAACGGUUUUAUCCAAUCUUACUCGUUCGAAGUUAUGUUUCCAUCUACGGUAGGUAUUAACGGUCGAAACUAACGAACAAGGAACAGAAAGCAAUUUAUAACAACUAUCCAAUACAAUACUUGCGAAUAAAAUUGGGAGUAGUUGUUGGUACUGACAGUAAAAGGGACUUUACGAAACUACGACGGCAACGGGAACGCCAAAAAAAGUAAUGGGUCUAAUGCGCAAAACAAUAACUCUGCACGUGCAUCACGCGUUUUUUGUGCAUUUCUUUGACGUCCUCGCACAAAUCGACUCUAAAUGACCAAAUUUUAAGUUUACUUGAGGACGGGAACGGCCAGGCGAUAAAUUUUACCAUCUCUGUCUGAACUGUGGUGCGGUAGAUUCCCUUCUUUUAACUAACAGGACGACUUGGGAUAAUCGCGAAAUAGUCUGAAAGGAUAUAAAGUCUAUUUUCAUGGACGUCGCUGUUUUCGAAUCGUAAGGUCCUUAAAGACAACGUGGUUACGAGCUUGUUUUAGUCCAUUUUAAGGCUUUUGUACCAGAUUACAACCAGUUGUAGUGCCUUUUGGCAGUGGGGGGUUUGUUAAACUUGAAUAAACUGCACUAGCAUUUCUUCCACUCCUCCCUUGAAAUAACUCUGGUUGACUACUUCGUUUUUGUGACCAGAUACCAUCAUUAUUUUAUCACGAAGUACUCACUGGAGAGAGAAAAAAAAAAUUUAAAUUUUUAUUUUGCUGAAUGUUUGUAAGUUUCCUUGCUAAACAUUUGAUGUUGUUGCUUAGAUCUAUAUAACCAUUG